AUGAAAUAUAUCGAUCGUUGUACAAAACUAUUUACAGUAGUAAAGUCAAUUAUUCUCUUUUGUCGACAUCGAUUUCAAUUGUUUGUUCGUUUUAUCAUAAUCUUCAUCUUUUGUUUACUAUUUGUUUAUUUUUCAUCUGUACAUUACUAUGCAAACUAUUGUAAUAAUCGAUUUCAACAAGCUUUAGUUGAAGCAAGUCAACGGAAGCUAUGGAAUGUAAAUGUCGGUGUUCAAAGUCAAUUUAUGCCUAUUCUAAUGCCGGUUUGUGAUCGACCAAAAUAUCUAAAAAGAGUUCUUGAUGGAUUAACUCGAGUCGAUGGAAUCAAUGAAACACUUCUAGUUGUAUCACAAGAUUGCGAUCAAGCAGCAAUAACGUCUCUAUUGGUAUCUGUCUCAUCUUCCAUACGUGUGUUAAUUCUGCCGCAUACUCCUCCUUAUUUUUCUUUACCACGUUAUGUUGAUACGAAUGAAUAUGCAACUUCGGCAAAUGUGAAAUUUCUACUAGAAUUUGCUUUUGAAUAUAUGUUAGCCGAUGGUGCAAUACUUCUCGAAUCUGAUCUUAUCCCAUCGGUAGAUUUCUAUCGUUAUCAUCAAUGGACAUAUCAACAUUUGUUAACGGGAAAUAAUUCAACUGCUUUAUCGAUUCAUUCUUUCAAUAUUGACUCAACUAGUUCGUCUGAUCCGUAUAGUUUAUUUUCUCGUGGAUUCGAUUCCUGGGGAUGGUCGACUGCUCGAACGCGAUGGAAUUGGUUAAAAAGUCAAUGGACAAAAUACAAUGGCUGGGACAGUAUUGUCAGUCGUCGCGCAAAACAAGAUGGAUGGAAAUGUAUGAUACCAAAAUUGAGUCGAACAAGAAUGAUUGGUUUGAAAGGGAUCAAUGUUAAUGUAUCGGACAACAUCAGUCUCAACCUGCAUGAACUUAAAAUUCGCUCAAUCGUUGACGUUGGUCGGGCAUGGCUUGAAAACUUUUUUAUUACAACAUAA